CCUAAGUGAGUCAUAGUGUUCCCUUUUGUCGCAACUUGCAAGUCCAAACCUUUCAUUGGAUGAACACCAUUGUCAAUGGUAAGCCCCACCCAACAUUUUUCAUAUAUGGAUCAACCCCAUUGGUUUUCUUCUUUUCAUCAUAAUCCCCAACAAAUCUCCAUUAAACACCAAAGCUAGAUUUUCUCAAAUAUGACCUUUUCCAUGAAAACUCGGUUAUUUGAUCAUGGGUCCCACACCUUCAUCUCUGUACUGUACUCCUAUUCCCUUCACAAGAAAAAAACCCAGAAACCAAAAAAGAAAAAAAAAAUUCCCAGAUUAUCAGAAACUAACAACAACAGUAGUAACAUCAACAGUUUGAAGUUGAUUGUUAAAUGAACCCACUUCUUCCUUUUUUUUUUUUUUUUUUUUUUUGGUUUUACUGGUUUAGGAACAUUCCCUGAAGCAGAAAAGUCGGUGCCUUUCUUACUCUUUCACUUUCCUUUUCAUAAAAAUUGAAUUUUGAAGAAGAAAAUCCCAAAUUUACAUAACCCAGAUAAAACCUUUCUUUCCUUCCACCGCCUUAACUCAGAUAUUUUUCUUCAAUUUCUUAACCAACAAGUCAUAAUGUUCAUCUAUAUAUUUCCUCUUCUCCCUCAUUUUCCCUCCAUUUUGCUUAUUAUUUUCUCAAUUCAACAAUUAUGGAUUCUGAUGAUGGAUUAUUUUUCCCACCAUUAAUACCCACUUCUUCUGCUUCAAUUCCAACUGGGUUUUCCUCAAUUGAACCUUCUUUGAACUUCCCGAAUUUUUCUGAGAAUUUUCAUGGAGAAUUUCCUGAAAAAACCCAUGUUCCUCAACCAUUAGAGUGUUUACAAGAAAACCCAAUUCCUCCAUUUUUGUCUAAAACUUAUGAACUUGUUGAAGACCCGAAUUUAGACCCUAUAAUUUCUUGGGGUUCUAAAGGUCAAAGCUUUGUGGUUUGGGAUCCUGUGGAGUUUGCUCGUCUUAUUCUUCCAAGGAAUUUCAAGCACAAUAACUUUUCCAGUUUUGUUCGUCAGCUUAAUACUUACGGUUUUCGUAAGGUAGAUCCUGAUAAGUGGGAGUUUGCGAAUGAGGGUUUUUUACGAGGAAACAGACAUUUGUUGAAGAACAUUCGCAGGCGCAAAUCACAUCAUACUCAACAGCUGACAUUCUUUGGAGGGUCUACUUCUGAAUCUGAUAUAGGAAGCGAGAUAGAGAAGUUGAAGACAGAGAAGAGCACGUUAAUGCAUGAAGUAGUCGAACUGCAGCAACAGCAGCGUGGAACAGCACAACGCGUAGAAAAGGUGAAGGAUCGACUCCAUGCUUCCGAGCAAAGACAGAAGCAAAUGGUGUCAUUCUUGGCUCAAGUUAUCCAAAACCCUGUAUUUGUAGACCGUGUGAAGGAAAUGAAUGAACGAAACACACUUGUUUCUCCUAGAAGAAAGAGGAGGUUUCUCAAGCAAAUGCCGCAACAAGGAUUGACUAGUUCUAGUACCGAGGGAGAAAUAGUUCGAUACAGGCCAGAUUUCGAGGACUUAAGGCAAUUCCCAUCUUCAGAAAUGCCAAUAUCAAGCGCCCCUGAUUACCAAGAUGUGUUAAGGAAGGUGCGGAGUGGUGCUCAAGCUCUGCCUUCUCAAAUUGGAAAUGUUUCGAUGAAUGAAUUAGCAGCAGCACGGGAAUACAGAGACAUCCCAGGACCAGUUGGAGCUUAUCCUUCGAAUUAUGGGAUAGGAGAUCCCUUCUCGAAGAGUACACAUGCGACAGCUUCUACAGCAGAAGCUGAUUCCGACUAUUUUGUCUCAUUUCCUGAGGAGCUGACUAAAGAGAGAACUUUUUCUGAGUUUUCUUCUGGAAUUGGAAAUAUGAUCAAGCAGGAGGGUGUUUGGAGUACGGGUUUUGAUCUGAGCAAUGAUAUCUCAAAUUCGAGUCCUCCAUUAUGGGGCAAUGUUGCAAGCUAUGGGCUAUCCGAGAUGGGAACUUCUUGCCCAAACGAGUUUUCAGAUGUAUUGCACUUAAGUUCGCUUCAGGUAGGAAGUUCAGAAGUUGAAAUAUGGCCGGGUGAUGAUUCUACUUUUGGUCACCCCGACUCGAAAGAUUUUGUUCCUAAGAGUACUAAUUAAUAGGCUGCACUAUCAUAGCUCAUGAGCUUGAAGUAAGUGCAGCCCAUAUGUAGAUUUUAGCCUAGAUAAGUAUAUAAUUGAUUAAACUAUUGACUUGAUCAUUUAAUCGAUAAAUUUAUUUGAUCGAA